CUCAGGCAGCCAUGCUGUUUAUACUAUGGAGAACAUUCUCUCAUCUCUGAAUGACCUCACUGAGUCAUGGCUGACCCUUGGCUCAGCUUCCUACCACAUAGACCUCAGCUACACUCUUCUGAGUGGACUGGGGCUACUGCUUCUGUACAUCUGUUACCUGAUAGUGAGACUGCUUAUACAGUGGCUGUGGAGAAAGAAAUACACCCCUAAGCUACUGGAGAAAGGGAAGACGAGAAGGCAAGCCCUUACAGGUGAGGGAACUUGCCAGAGAGAAGCAGAGCAGAGAAGGGAGCUGCAGAUAACCCAGCAAAGCUUUCUGGAAGAGCCCUCCGAUGCCACCUGCAAUGAACUACUGCUACAUAAAGAUCCCCUCUUCCCUGCGUGUGACAUCUCUGGUGAUGUUGGUCAUCAGCUCUCCCAGGCCAUCCUCAAAGAUGGUGGUGCCUCUCACUUGUGCGUGGUCUCCACAGCUCCUGGGACAGAGACCUCCUUUAUUCUGUCCUCUAUGCUCACAGGAAACCAGACAGGGCAUCCAGCUCAAGCCCGUCCUCCGGAGCCUUUACCGCUGGCUCAGUCCAUCCUCUCACCUAACCGCUUUGCCCCCCCAGAAGGCUUCUACUCCUCCACACAACUGUGCAACUCUCUGACACGGGAGUCCACACUUCCCUCAAACCCUCCACUUCUCCAGGACCCCACCCCACCCUAUCCACUUGUCUCUUUUUCUCUUCCAACAAAAGAAGGGCAGAAGUCAGAAGUGGACUUCCAACCGGAAACCACUAGAUCUCUGGUGGAUGGACUCAAUGAGAUGCCCACUUAUGUCCCAGCAGCCAGAGGCACUGGCUAUGUAAGACAAGCAAUGCCAGAGCCCUCCCAGCAGCAGUAUGCUGCCGACAACCAGUUAUCUUCAGACUCCUUUAACCAGCAUCUCCCACCGCCCCGUGUGUCUCAAGCCCCUUUGCAGGGAGACACAAGGGCCUACCAUCUAGAGCCUGGACACCUCUUUUUCCCCAACUUUGAUGCCCUGAAAUUGUUCCAAAGGCCGGACAAGAGGGGACGUGAUUCCCUGAUGGCAAAGAAGGAGGAGAAGGACAGAGGAUGUUUUAUAAAGUCACCCGGUUCUUCGGAGAGACCGCCAUCAGGAGAGACGUUGGUUGAGCCACAGGAUUUGGCAGCUUCUCAUUCAGAAAGCAGCAAAGGCAAGCUCCCGCACCACCCGCUCCCUCACUGCAAGACUCCUGAAGACCACAAGGAGCCUAAGCCUGCCCAGCUCUUCUGGGGCCCCCCUUCUCUACACAGUGAGGCACUGCGCUCUACUACCACGGCCUCAUAUGACCGUUCCUCAACAUUUGUCUGUUUCAACAGUAUGGCUGAAGCUUCCAUUGCCGACUAUUCCCACGCGGUUAUGCUUCCCACGCCUCUGUCUGUGUAUCGACCCCAGACCUGGCUACAGUCUGCAGCCCAGUGUCAUCCUCAGCGUGACCCUCAUGCUGAGGCACAGCCUCGGCCUCAACCCCAAUUCCCUGUCUCAGUCUUGACGCUUUCUUCUCAAUCCGAGCUGAGGAACUGUGGGGUGCAUUUUCACAGACCCCAGGGAGAUGAGGAGCCUCUCAGUCCUUCUGCUAUACAGUUCUUGGAAUAUAACAUCUUGAAAAAGGAACAGGAGAGGGUGUGGGGUUUACCCCUUGUGAUCCAAAAAUCCCAGGAUACUUUUUGUCCCUCGCCUCCCAAGGUCUUGUUGGCAAGUCGCUCCUCCAAGACCUGUACUCCCAGGCCUAUCCUUCCCGGAGACUUCCCCCUCACCAGUGAGCUUGAGAAGAAACUGGAACACCAUCUCCGAAAGAGACUUAUCCAACACCGCUGGGGUCUGCCCCACAGGAUCGACGAGUCCCGGUCACUCAUGAGCCCUCAGUCGGAACUGACUGACUUCCCUGAGUCAAGGAAGAGCCGUGGACUCUCGUGGAUUACUUUCUUUAAGUACCGUGGCAACAAAGACUCGCGGGCCAUUGUACCUAGAGGAUCUGGAAACUCUCAGAGUCGGAUGCCUGAAAGACAUUCUCUACAGGAGACUGUGGUCAAAGAACAGACAUACAGUCAAGAUAUUGGCCAGGAUGGCCAUCCCCAGGGUUACUUUCAGGAGGCUUCACAAAAGAGUCUGCAAUCUCACUCAAAGACACACCCGAAGAUUCAUGCAGGCAGGCGGCCUCCCAAGCUUUCUAGACCUUCACCGGGAAGCCAGUGUCAGAAAGGAAUUGAAAAUGUCCUGGAGAAACACCUGAACAAGAAAAUGAGGGAAAUCAGUGGGGGUGAGAUCCCUACCACCGUGGACAAGUCCAGGCACUCUAUGGACAUGGUGCGGCGUCCACCUGAGACCUCCCCCAAACAAGUGAAAGAUCUGGCACUUCUGACAGGUGAGGAGGACGGACUGACGAAGCACCCACACAGCUUGACGCUUAGUCGGAGCAAAGAAAAGAUGCUGGAAGAACACAUUACAGCCUUCGGCAGGAGGAUGGCAUUUGGCCUUCCGCAAAGAGUUGAGGAGUCCUUAGAGUCCUACAUGACAAAAGGAGAGUCGUCUUGUCCUUUCCCUCAGCUCCAUGUUCGAGGCCACAGCGGUCCCAGAGCGGACUGUGACAAAUCCUCCAGGUUCCUCCAAAGAAACACUACUGGAGAUAGAAUGGGGACAGUGAAUUCAGUCCCCACACAACAAAGGCCUGUCCCUGCUACCUUGCUUGUGGGUCACAGCCAGCCAGCCUCUGAGAACAAGAAAGAGUGUGUAGAUAAAGACCUUAGCAUAGCCCCAAGGGGCAGAGAGCCAAUCCAGCACUGGACACCCAGUAUGGCAGACAAAGGCAUCCUGCAACAGUCUAGACCAGACAACAGACCUGGCCCAGAGCUGCCCAUGAGCCCAGAUGGGCCAACACAUGAGAGACUGGCUUCCAGCACCAACACACGGGGCUCUCAGGGAGAAAAGAUGAGCUGGGAACAUGGCUCCAGGGAUGAGGGGCCCAUGGAGCUACACAAGGGAGAGCAACUCCAUGGUCUUCACCCACAGUCCACUAAGAACUUGAGAGGCACCCAAGGCCUGUGCUCCCCAGGGAGCCACGUGACUGCAUGUCAGUUCCUGAAGGGAAUGUCAGGUCCCCACAACUCUGAGGAGCCUGACUCUAAAAGUCAGGUGUCCACGGAAGUCAUGCCAAACUCAGAGGGCAGGCCACACAUCCAGAUGCCAGACCUGCCUGCCCCGCCCUUUGCCUCAGCAGAAAUGACCUCCAAACCCCAGGGCCCCUCCAGUGGGGACAUGGCAGUUUCUCAGGUGCUGCACGUGCACUUGCCCACCGUGGGCAUCAACAUGGAGUCCCGGCAGGGUCCCUGGGUCCCUGCAUAUGUCUCAGGCAAGAUCAAGAACAAGGACUGUCCCCUGGCUGCCAGAGGAUUGCCCACACUGGCAAGUGAAGCAGGAAAGCUUGGUGGAGGGGAUGCAGGCUUAGGGACAUCCCAAACCAGAGGGAGGAGACACUGUGUGCAGGCCGGGACACCCGAGGAAACACUGGGACACUCAUCGUCCCCAGCACUGACACCUAAGAGCCAGCCUCUGGAAAAUCAGUUCACCAGCCAGGUGAAGGGCUUCUGGCAGAGGCUGUCCCCUGGGAGGAAACACAAAGGACAGGAAAAGUCCCUGGCCAAGAGCUGCUCCCCAUUGACAUCUGCGAAGGGCACAAGGAUCAUCAGAGGGAGAUGUGAGUUUUGUGGCAACCCUGAAGCUCAGAAAUGUGGGAGAGACCCUGGGAUGGUCCUGAGGAAACAGCUAGGGUACAGGCACGGGACAGUCAUUCCCUGUCCCCAGGCACCUGUGUGUCCCCUCAUGGAGUCUGAAGAAGCUCAGCAGGAGGUGCACCUGCAGGCUCAGGCAGAGCCUGUCCAGAGGCUGCCCCACUUCUGCUGCAAAGCUUCCUGCUCUCAAGGGCAAAGGGAUGA